CUUCUAGACGGAACCAAAGGACCGACAUAUCAACUCCAUGAAACCGGAAGCGGCAUAUAUCUGCAACGCACAAGGUAGAAGUAGUAAUGCUAGGCUAGAGUCACAUUGAAGUCUCCGGCUGAGGUUUCAGAGCGGGGUUGCCGGGUUUCAGAUGAAGUUGGUGGAUGGAAAGUUAGCCUGACAAUGUUUACCUCAAGAGUUGUACCUCGUCUUGGCCAGCUUUGUAGAGUGACAAAUAAACUUCAAAACCAUGGGCAGAUCUUGAGGGAAAAUCGACCACUUGCUCUUCGUGUUUGCUGCUCCAAUUUUAAUCCGAAACUCCGAAGCUACUCGACUGCAGCAGACAACAGGUCGCCUCCGCGAUGGGUCCAGCUUGAGCAUGAACUGGACGAGGCUCUCGUGCCUCGCAAUCUCUCUGUGAGCCCUCUGGAGACCUGGCUGUGUCUGCGCUACUCCCUCCCUCCCCUCCUGGAGGCUCCACUGGCCCAGGAAGAGGCGGUGGGGGAGGCGUUGGAGGAGAAGGUGCUGCCACCUUCCUCUGUACCUGUGAUGGAGGAUGGCGAGGGCACGGUGACGCCUCUGAGCUGUAAGAAUGUUCUGGAGAUCAGGCGGCGCAAAAUGAACCAUCACAAGUACAAGAAGCUGAUGAAACGGACCAAGUUUUUAAGAAGGAGGGUGCUUGAGGGUCGGGCAAAGAGGAAGCAGAAGCGGUUUGAGAAGGACCUGACGCGGAUCUGGAGACGGGCUGGACUGAAGAAGGCUCCAGAGGGAUGGUCUCCUCCGAAGAUAUUCAUUAAACGGCACGGAAACAGGCAGAACUGAGGUCUCUGCUGUCUGUCUCCAGGCACCGACCCCGCCAUACUGGACUGCUCUGGACAGCUCUCCUUUCAAACUACUUUGUUUCAACCCUGGAAAUAUUUGACAGUGUUGUCAGCCUAUACCAUGUGUUGAAUAAGUUAUCAAGUACAGAUAGAGCGUUUAAUAAAUACAAUGACAUGUUCAAAAAUGUG